AUGACGCGUCGCCUCCCGUCGUCCCGUGUCGUGCUGGCCCUCGCGCUCGUGGCGCUCCUCUGCUUCGCGGGCGUCGAUCACGCGGCGUGCAGCGCGCGCUCGCUCGGCCUUCCAAGAUUCGGCGGCUUGGUGGGGGGAUCGGGGACACGCAGAGCCUGGUCCUUCUUCCGCCCCCCGCGGACCAGCGGCGGCGGCGGAAGUGGCGCGAUGAGCGGCGGGCAGAGCGGGCAGGGCGGGUUCGGGUCGCAAGGAGGUGGCGGGAUGAGCGGACCAACGGGUAAUGCGGGCGGAGGGGGCAUGGGCGGAGGGGGCAUGGGCGGAGGAGGCAUGGGCGCAGGAGGCAUGGGCGCAGGAGGCAUGGGCGCAGGAGGCAUGGGCGCAGGAGGCAUGGGCGGAGGAGGCAUGAGCGGAGGAGGCAUGAGCGGAGGAGGCAUGGGCGGGGGAGGCAUGAGCGCAGGAGGCAUGGGCGGAGGAGGCAUGGGCGGAGGAGGCAUGGGCGGGGGAGGCAUGGGCGGAGGAGGCAUGGGCGGAGGAGGCAUGGGGGGAGGAAGCAUGAGCGGAGGAGGCAUGGGCGGAGGAGGCGUGGGUGGGGGAGGCACGGGCGGAGGAGGCAUGGGCGGAGGAGGCGUGGGUGGGGGAGGCAUGGGCGGAGGAGGCAUGGGCGCAGGAGGCAUGGGCGGAGGAGGCAUGGGCGGGGGAGGCAUGGGCGGAGGAGGCAUGGGCGCAGGAGGCAUGGACGGAGGAGGCAUGGGGGGAGGAAGCAUGGGCGGAGGAGGCGUGGGUGGGGGAGGCAUGGGCGGAGGAGGCAUGGGGGCAGGAGACAUGGGCGGAGGAGGCAUGGGGGGAGGAAGCAUGAGCGGAGGAGGCAUGGGCGGAGGAGGCGUGGGUGGGGGAGGCAUGGGCGGAGGAGGCAUGGGCGGAGGAGGCAUGGGCGCAGGAGGCGUGGGUGGGGGAGGCAUGGGCGGAGGAGGCAUGGGCGCAGGAGGCAUGGGCGGAGGAGGCAUGGGCGGGGGAGACAUGGGCGGAGGAGGCAUGGGCGCAGGAGGCAUGGGCGGAGGAGGCAUGGGGGGAGGAAGCAUGGGCGGAGGAGGCGUGGGUGGGGGAGGCAUGGGCGGAGGAGGCAUAGGCGCAGGAGGCAUGGGGGGAAGCAGCGGGUCAUCGGGUGGGAGUGCGUGUGGCAACAGCAGCAGCAGCAGCAGGAGUGCCAAGCUCACGAGCAGCAAUGGCAAGAGGGUGAUGGAGAGCAACGGGUGUCCGGGGUACGCAUGGCGGGGGCAGGCCACGCAGUACUCGCCAGUGCAGCAGGCGCUGUCCUUCGCCGUGCCGCUCGCCCCCACGCUCGCCUCCUCCGCCAUCCCCGUCGCCCUCAGCGGCACCUGCAAGAUGGGGCCCAUCGGCUUCGCACUCAACGGCGUGCCCUUCUACAGUACGAAGAAGCGUGUGAGUCCCAGUGGUGUGCAUACCAUCUCACGCCCGCAUCGUCCCUCCGUGUCCCUCCCCCUCCCUCUCCCCCUGGCAGUGCGUGUGACGCCCUGGGGCGGGACGCCUUGCAGUACUAGGGCGCCACGUUUGACGCCCUGUGGCGGGCACCCCACGCCCUCAGGCCAGUACCACUACCACGUGGCGCCCGGCGUCGCCAACCCCUCUGCCAUCUCCGCAUCUCGCUCCACCAACUUCAACCUCUGCAACAUUCCUGGCAUCCCAACCGUCCAUCCCCCCUUGUCUCCGCCUGCCUACCCUCCGCCCUCCCCCUACUCCAUUGGCAGCGCGUCCUUCUGGCAGGACGCCCCCGGGCAGCACUCGCCACUGCUGGGCUUUCUGACGGACGGCAUCCCGCUCUUCGGCCCGCGGGGAGCGGGGGGAGCGCUGCCAGCAGGGGUGGACGAGUGUGGGGGGCACGUGGGCGACGGCAGUGGGGGCGAGCCGGCGUUCUACCACUACCACGCCAGCAGCACCGCGCCCUACACUGUGGCGUGCCUCAAGGGCUGCGUCUCCUCCUCCGACUGGGGCAACCUCGGCUCCGCCUCGUGCACCAAGGCCACCAGUGAGUGGCCACGGCUGUGCACUUGCUUCCGUGUGCACUUGCUACCUUGUUAUGCACAUGCUGCCUUGGUCACCCCCCGAACCUCAUCUCCUCUUUUCUCCUGUGCAAUCUUUGCCUCGUCCCUCCUCCCCUCUCUUCGCCUCGUCCCUCCUCUUCUCCCUUCGCCUCUCUUCUCCUUUCAACCCUAA